AUGAUUGAUGAGGUUGUGUGUAGAUCAUUCGCCGAUGUCACUGAGAAUGAGCAUGAGUGCACAGAAGGAGCGGACCGGGAUGACUUCUCGAGAGAGGCUGGACUGUUCAUGUGUGGUGACACUGAUGGUGACAGGUCUUUGGUGAUGGGCUAG